AUGGCUUCUACUUCCCGUGAGCCGAACUCCUCGGCAGGUGCUCUGGAAACAGAGCAACUGAAAAUGGACCACAGAGUAACCGCGCAAUCGCCUUCUUCCGACAAUGACAGCGCCGAACGUCCCGUGCGACAACAGCUCAAGGAGACCAACCUUGACUCUGAAAAGGACGGUUCUGCCCGUGCAAACCGAAAGCGCUCCUUGGACAACACAGAUGGAGCCACUAAUACACCCCCAACUAAGCGAUCCCGAGAGUGCACCCCGGACAACACCACGCAAGACAACUCCAAUCACGCUGGAAUCUCUAAAGAUGCCAUUACCCAAGAUGUGAGUGACUAUGUGCUGCCCACAGCACCUGCAAACACUUCCGUUCACAAUACACGUCUGUCCCACAACCCGACCAUGAGCCACAUCCCCGAGACCACCAAGGUCCAGUUUCCCCUGGAGCUUGAGAUCAAUGUCUCAAUUGCUGGAUGCGAGCAAAUUACCCAUGUGACCAUUCCUGUUGAGAUUGGUAUCAAGGUGACAGCCGGGAUGAUCUCGGCUUCCCCGACUUCGAGACCCGCUGAAGGCGAAUCUUCCAAAAUCAAUAUUACCAUUCCUUCUGCGAAGCCUAUUCCCCCAUCUGGACCUUCCUCCCCUGGACCUUCCUCCCCUGGAGCCUCCUCCCCUGUACAGCCCUCCCCUGUACAGCCCUCCCCUGCACAGUCCUCCCCUGGACAAUCCCCCGAACACGCACAACCUUCUCUUGGGGAGCGUGUCCAUGGGCGCCGUUCACCUGAGUCCUACAUAUAUGAUGACCCUUCAUUCCACAUUUAUGAAGAGCCUGAGUCGAUUGGAGAUUCUUCAUCUGAAGACUCUCUACCUGACUACCGUUCACCAGAAUACCCCUCGUCCCCUCCUGUCCCACACAGUCCAACGAAUCCCGAUUACCCUAAACCCAUGGUUCAAGUCAUUGAUUCUGACCACUCUCAACCCCCACAGAGUCUUGAAACAACCGCCCGCGGAAACGAGGAUGAAUCUUCACAAACCCUCAAGAAGAAACGGAGCCGAGAACAACUCGAGGAUGAUGCCUCGAAGUAUUCCCACACUGCGACAGACCCCGCACCUGGCUUGACUGAGACGACUUCGGACGAAAAGUCUACUGCCGAAGGACAACCUGAUAAGAAGAGACCCCGCGACAAUUCGGAGGAGCGCAAGGCUAAGGUGGACCAGACUUUUACGGCUAGUGCGUUCGGAAAGGCUUCUGCCGCACCUUCACCUUUCGCAAUGCCUACAACUAAAUCGACCUCUGAUGCUUCGCCUUUUGCAGCCAGCGGCGCCCUCGGAACCGGCUUCUCUGCCUUUGGUAGCGCUUUCCCUGCUACCUCUGGUAAACUCACUAGCUUCGCGUCUCCCAAUGCUCCCACUGCUUUCUCUGGAACGGCCGGUAAACUGACCAGCUUUGCAUCUGCCAACGCCCCCACCAGUUUCUCUGGAACGGCCGGUAAACUGACCAGCUUUGCAUCUGCCAACGCCCCCACCAGUUUCCCUGGAGCUGGUAAACUGACCAGUUUUGCAUCCCCCAAUGCCCCUGUUUCCUUUGGCGAGUCCAGUGACAAGACCCUCGGUGCAAAUCAAUCCGACGACGAGGAAAGUGACAAUGGACUAGUCGGUGAACCCUCUGGCACAUUUGUUGCUGAGAAGACCGACAAGCGUUUCCACGCACAAACUGUUGAAACCGGCGAAGAAAAUGAGAGCACCGAGUUCGCAGCCAAGGGCAAGUUGUACUACUUUGAAAACAAAAAAUGGAAGGAGCGUGGUACCGGCACCUUCAAGCUCAACUUCAAGACGGAGGCCGGUGGAAAGAAAUCUGGUCGCAUUAUCAUGCGCGCCGAUGGUGCCUUGCGUGUCAUGUUGAACAGUGCGGUUUGGCGUACCAUGCCCUUUGGUGACCCCAAGGGCUCUCGCCCCACCACUCGGGAUAUCUAUCUCGCCAGCAACGAAGACGGGAAGGUUGUGAGCCUCCUUCUCCGGCUAGGGAAUGAGACGCAUACCGGUGAAUUAUUUGAUGUACUAAAGGAUAUUAUGGAGGAAAUUUGA